UCGCCUUUGGGCGCCUCCCUCCAGCCCGGCAGGGCGGCGCUGUCGCGCUCUGCGGACCACAAGAGAACGAGCGUGAGCCGGACGGGAAGAGCCUUGGCGUUCGUCUCAGAACUGAAAGCGGGCGGGAGAGCUCGCGAACGUCUCGGUAUUGUCGCGACCGUGGCAUGACGUCUCUGACCGAUGUCCGCUUCCGACGUUCCCGCUGAAAGUGUUCGCCCGCCAAGCAGCCUUCGACGACGGGCGGAAACGACGAAGCGAAGCGGAGCACCGACGCGGGCGCGUUCUCCUCCUGCUGUCGUCCUCCUGCUAUGAGCAACACUGCGCAGAGGAAGAGAAUGAGUGUGGGGAGCCUGCUGGCGUCCGGCUGCCCCAAACCCCGCGGCCGCGCUCACGCUCGCAGAGUGGUCCAUGCUAACACAAGGGCGAAUGCUAGCAGAGUAGCCAGGAGAAGAGCCAGCCCCCCGGACGUCCCGGCGCCCGCCGCCGGCGAGACCAUCGACGUGAUGGACAACCUGGAGGACGGCGUUGAGGAGGUGGUGGAUCUGACAUCCGAGGCGGCGGAAGCGUCGCAUGUUGUCGACCUCACCAGCAGCGACUCUGUCCUGCUGCCUUCACGUGGCCGACCGCUGCGCUGCCCCAGCUGGUGGAUGAAGGUUCUCCGAGCAGGAGAAACGCGUCUGGAGAAAGUUACGUCGUCAGCAGCGAUGACGACGAGGCCUCGCCUCCCGUGCCCGGCGCCGACGUCUUGUCCUCGCUCCAGACGCGGCGCUCCAGCAGGACUACACCGGGAACCGUCAGCUGCCCAGUGUGCAUGGACACGUACUCGGAGAUGGUGGAGAGCGGGCGUCUGGUGGUGUCCACCAAGUGCGGUCACGUCUUCUGCAGCCAGUGCCUGCGUGACGCCCUGCGCCGCUCGCUCACGUGCCCGACGUGCCGCAAACGCCUCACGCCUCGCCAGUACCACCCCCUCUACAUCUGAGCGCCGACGUCUUGCACUUUGUUGGGUUUUUUUUUUUUUUGUUUGGAGCGGUCUUAUGUAUAUGUGUGUGUGUUGCGCACGUCAAGAUAGCGCCACGUGCACCCUUCAACCGGGAGCGAGCGGUCACCCGACCGGAAGGACCGGACCGACGGGAAACUCGAGCCGGCGGAAUGUUCCGGAAAGCUCAAAGGCGGGGCCUUUCUCUUCACUCGUCGCCACGUGACAAAAACAUUCUCUGAGUCAAACAUGACUAAGGUGGAGAAAGGUCAUAUUGAAGACAUGUUUUCAGAGCCGCUUGAAUAUGAUUUCAGAGCAAAAGGGUGACAAAAUGUUUUGAGUCAAAAUAAAUCAAUAAAGUAUUCUUGUUUUUUAAUAACACGUCACCACCACCCUGUGCAUCAUUCCCACUCCAAACCGAUGCAAUGUUCACUUGUCUACAUCAAAUUGUUCUAUUUCUCAUCAUUUCAUAAACUUGGCUGCUGUCGUUUCA